AUGAAACCAAAUAUGCAAUCAAUGCCAUUAGGAAAUAAUAAACCUUCUAUACUUGAUAAAGAAACUAAAAUAAUAUUAGAUAGUUAUGAAUAAGAAUUUGGAUCAGAAGAUUCAUAAAAUAAACCUAAAAAAACUCCUCCAAUAUUUGUUAGAGGGGGUGUUUAAGCAGCUGAUCAAAAAACAUUAAUUGAAGAUAAAGAUAAAGGAGCUUAUUAUACACCUAAUAUGCAAUACUUUUAAUAAACACAAGAUGAAAUUUUAGAAUAAAAAUAAGAUAUUUAAAAAUAAAAAAAAGAUGAAAAGACAAGAUAUGUAGUCGAUGAAUUUUUUUGUUUAUUAAAAUAAAAAAAUGAUAAACAACAAUUCUAAAAAUAAUAAUAAACAAAUAAAGAAAAAAGCAUUCCAAUUAUAAAAUAACUUGAAAAAAGAGAUUUAUUUAGAGAAUCUUUUUAUGAUACAAUGGAUAAUUUAAAAAGAUAUUAAUCUCAUGUUUCUAAUGAACACAAUAAAUAAAACAUAUGUUUAUAAAAUCUAGAAUUGUAAUAGGAUGAAACAUUCCUAUAUUCUGUUUUUAAUAAAUUUGGGUAAAUAUAACAAAUUAAAAGAAGGGCUAUAUAUUUCCCUGAAUAACUUGAAGCUGAAAUCAUUUGUUAUAUCAAAUACGAGGAUUCUAGUUCAGCAAAGAAAGCACUUGAAAGCUUAUUAUAAUAGAGACAUUAAAUUAAAAUGACUGGCAGAUAUGGAGAAGAGCCAGAAAGUGAACUUGCUAAUCUAUAUUAAAUGAUUUCUUAACAAAAUCAAUCAUCAUCGUUUUAGUUUCAAUAUAGAAUAUAGUAGCCGGAAAUAAUAUUUUAAUAAAUAUUCCAUUAAAAAGGACUGAAAAUAAAGAGAAAGAAGAAAUGA